AUGGAAGAGAAUAUAACAUUAGGGUUACCCAACAAAAUCAAACUAGUCCAUUGCUCCCGAUGCAAUUUCUACUUACACCUCCCUAAAACCUGGCUCAAACUACAGCCACAAUCAACAUCGCUUCUAUCUUUUUGCGUGUAUAACUUAAAAACCAAUAUCAAUUCCAAUAACCUGAGGUUUCCCGGUGCUAAAUUCAUUCCAUCUGAAUCCAAUUCAAACAGUAUCAAAACUAUGUUUUAUGUUCAAAAAGAGGUUCUCAAUGGACAAACUCUUCAACAAUCUUAUGUUGUUGACUUUGUUCUAGACAACCGCAUCUGUGAGCCAUGUACUAGGGUUCAGGCUAAUCCUAAUCAAUGGUUUUAUGGUGUGAAAUUACGACAACAUGGUUCUCAUGCGCGUAGUAGUUUAUUGCAUUUGGAACAUGUUAUUUCCAAGCAUGGUGUUGCUGCUAAUGCCCUGAGAAUCCAGAAGAUGAAACACAUUACUGAUUUUGCUUUCGCUAAAGAAGUUUGUGCUAGGAAGCUAGUUGAUUUUAUCAAGAGACAAGUUCCGGUGUGGGUUUGUGAGGGUAAGGGACUUGUUUCUCAAUCUCAUGAUAAGAAGAGUAGUAAUUACUGUUUAGGAUACACUUUUUUCCUUCAAGUUUGUUCCAUUUGUUGUGAGGAUUUGAUUUUUCUGCCUCCUUAUGUUGCUUCGAGUUUGGGAAAUAUCGGUCCUAUUGUGAUUUGUACUAAGGUUAGCAAUGUCAUUACUUUGUUUGAUCCGUUGACCUCGAUGCAGUGUUGCUUAGAUAGUGAUGUGUAUUGGAGGGCACCCUUCAAGUCUUUGCUCACUAGGAAAGAGUUAGUGGAAUAUGUUGUGCUCGAUGUUAAGGAGGUUUGUUCAGAAGUUACAAUUGAUGGUAAGAAAUUCGGUUUAGCUAAUGCUGAGGUUGCUCGUGUGAAAGAUUUGGGAAAGAAUGACACGAGGUUUAGUAUCAAGACUCAUCUAGGUUAUCUCUUGAAAACUGGUGAACGUGCUCUUGGUUAUGACUUGUGUGAGGCUAAUUGUAGUGAUAGUGAUAUUGAAUUGAAGGAGCGCAUAGGAGAUGGAGUGAUUUUAAUCAAGAGAUCUGAAGAGAAACUUUGCCAGAAGAGACGUGCAGAGCAUCGGCCGUACUUAAAAGAUUUAGAAGAAAUCACUAAUGAGGUGCACGGCAUGUCACUAGGCGGCGAAGAACCAACUCUGGAAGAGAAGCUGGGUGAUCUUAAUCUGAGUGGUGAGGACUAUAAGGAGAAGAAGAAGGCGAGGAGGACGGCAUGA